AUGUCAGCUAAUGUCAUUAGUGAAAACAUGAACAAGUUCUUGAGCGCUUUAUUUGUACUCGUGGUUGUAUUCGCAUGCUUCGAUAUGACAAGCGGUAGUCCAGAAAAAGCAAAGGAUGAUGCAUACGCUGAUGAAGAGAAAAAGGAAACACCAAAGCCAACUAAAAAACCAAAACAUAAACAUGCUGACAAGAAACGAAGUAAACGAUCAUCUUCACCUGCAAAGAACUUCGGAAGUCCAAUUCUAUUUUUGGUCGGACCAAUUAUUGCUUCAAAGUGUCUAUUUUAAAGUGUGCGCUUUCCUAAACAUACUUUGUUGGAGAAGUCAGUAUGAUCAAUUUUAGUCCGAAUUUGCUGUCUGAUAUUGUUUCAAAUUGCUUUCUAAAUAAAAAAGGUUUUCUC